UUUUUUCUUUUCGUACGUCUUUUUCGUCCACUUUCCCCUUAUGGGCAGCAUCUUCAACCGGACAAAAAACUGGAACACAAAAUCAUAAACAAUAAAUAAAUGAGAAGCCACGCACAUGUCCAAGUCACAAAACUCAAAUAGCCGUACUGGCUUAGCCGUCACCAGCGGACCGAGUGGCAUUUUGGCGAUAGACUCCGGCGUUCUCUAGAUGCGUCUCUGACUCUUUUCAAAAGCUUAUAUGGGCCCCGAAUUCUUCGGAUUGGUGCUGGUCGUCAUAUAUACUGGAAGUACCGGUACCUCUUUGGGUGCCAGUUUGGUGAUCUUGGAGACUGUCAGAGUCAUUCGUACAUGCUUCGAUCCCCCGUCCGCCUGCCCGCCCUCCACUGUGACGAAUGACUCCGGCACUCUGAGCACUAUGUUUUCCGCCAACGAUACAGAAUACCUCUGUACACAUGUGAAAUGCUCUUGUCCAGUAUGUCAUAUGCCGGGCUUGUCUAAUCAAUCUGGCAUGUCUAACUUCAUCUGAGUGGCUGUGUACGUAGUACCGGAGUAUAGUAUACAAUUGC